AUGUCGUCUUCUGUUAAUUUCGAUGCUGAAGAGCCCCUCACUAGCUCUGUCAAACCACUCACCAAUGCUACCAUUACCGUGAGAGUGAUCAAAUCUUUCCCAUACAGAAACGUCAAAAACAUCAUUUUCAAUGACUACAACCUGAUGGAGAAGACCGUUCAGGAUUUGAAAACCGAUUCAUUGUCUCAUAUCAAAGCAACUGGGGCUUUCCGGGCCUUUCGCAACAUCGAAUUUGACACAUUGAAGAUCUACACACAUGCACACGGUUCCAAGACGGUGAAUUUGAUAAUAAAUUUCGAUCAUGACGAGGACUGGAUGCUGCAAGACUUGAGCAAAAAGCUGGUUAACUACGAUAUAGGCAAUGAGACCGAAAUAUCGCUUUUUAACAUGAAAGACUAUCAUGAGUACAAGGCGAACCCAGAAGAAAAAUGGUUAUAA